AUGGAUAUUGCGUUCCAUUUGUUACCUCUUCGCGAAGGUGAAAAGCGGACCGACUACAUCCCCGCCCUCUCCCACCCGUAUCCGAGUCACACCCAAGGAUACAACACAUCGCCAGGCGGAAAUAGAUAUCUGUUUUAUUGUGAGACGCUAGGCGUGAUUUCCUCUAGGUACAUUUUCACUAUAACCACGGCAAACCCAAUAACUCACCCACUGCCAUCCGAAGAGCUCCUUACGAUGCAAUGGAAUCUGACUCGGAUCGCUGCUAUGCAAGGAGCUGGUGAAGACGAGGAUAGUGAUAUAGACUCCGACAGUGACUCUGUCGCCGUUGAAUCAGGCUCAAGAUCCCCAAUCAAGGAGGCUCGCAUGUUCCCCGAGAGAUUGGUUCCCACAUCGCCAAGAGGAUACCCCAGCAAGGGAACCCGUAGCCUCACUGAGAACGUGCCUUUUAUAGUCCCAAUCAGGUCGCCGUCACCUUCAAAGGCCCGGGAUUUACCUGGCAUGGAUGAAGCCUCCAGUGAAUACAUUGAGGAGUAG